AUUCAUUGCUCCGGGAUCCUUAAUUCAUAUUUUUAUUCCACUUUCUCGAUACUUCCAAUCUUUGAAUUAGCUAUAAUAUCGAUAUUAGGGGUACUUUCGGCGUUCUGCGAUAUGCACGGACCUAUCAACUAUCUAGACAUCGAACAAUAACGAUUGUACCAGUUUUCGACAUCAAAGCCAAAAGACAGUAAAAUAUUCAACUAUUUCUCGAAUCAAUAAUAUAUAAAACCGCAGCAAGCAAUCAAAUUCAGUUGGAGAAAAAGCUAGCGCCUUACAUAGAAAUCCGAAUCCAAUAGCUCUUGCCGAAGGAGAACCAAUUGCACUCCAUCCGAAUUUCACCACAACAACACAAUGUUGCUGCGUCUAGCACUUUCCGCCGCCCGUCCAGCCGGGAAUAUCAAACUCCUGGUCCAGUCUCCGGCCCAGCUGUUCCGCGCCAAUGGCAGUUCCAGUCUCAAUCUGUCCGCGGUGCGCAGCUACGCCCGUGGAUCAGUUCGCCCCCGCGCUCCUGUGGAACAGGUGCGUGCUCCCUCGCUCAAGGAGAAGCUGAUGGGUCCGCCUAGUGCCAAUGCCUACUCCAUGGGCAAGGGCGCUGCCGCCGGAGCCGCCGCCGUGGGAUUGGGCGCCCUGUGCUACUACGGCGUGGGAUUGGGAAAGCAAACCAGCAUCGCGGAUAACGCCAUCAUGUGGCCCCAAUUUGUGAGGGAUCGUAUCCAGAGCACCUAUGCCUUUUUUGGUGGCUCUUGCGUUAUCACCGCGGCCGCAGCAGCAGCCACCUUCCGCUCGCACCGUCUCCUGACUCUGGCCUCUCAGGGCGGCAUCUUGGCGACCAUUGCUUCGCUGGCUCUGGUCAUCGGUAGCGGAGCAGUGGCCCGCUCCAUUGAGUACCAGCCGGGUCUGGGAGCCAAGCACCUGGCCUGGGCGGUGCAUUGCGCCAUUCUGGGCGCCGUGAUCGCUCCCAUUUGCUUCAUGGGUGGACCGAUUCUAACGCGCGCCGCUCUCUACACGGGCGGAAUUGUUGGUGGCUUGUCCACGAUCGCCGCGUGUGCACCCAGCGAUAAGUUCCUCUACAUGGGUGGUCCACUGGCCAUUGGCUUGGGCGUGGUCUUCGCCUCCUCGCUGGCCUCCAUGUGGCUGCCGCCCACCACGGCACUGGGCGCAGGUCUGGCUUCCAUGUCCUUGUACGGCGGCCUGGUCCUCUUCAGUGGCUUCCUGCUCUACGACACCCAGCGCAUGGUGCGCCGCGCUGAAGUCUAUCCCCAGUACAGCUACGCUCCCUACGAUCCUAUCAACGCCUCAAUGUCGAUCUACAUGGAUGUGUUGAACAUAUUCAUCCGCAUCGUCACCAUUCUGAGUGGUGGUCAGCGCAGGAAGUGAGCACUGAAGACAAACAUGUGAUGGAAGGAUAAUAUAUAUUUAUACUGUUAUUAGAAUAAAACUAUUGAGCUAAAAAGCAAAAUGCA